AUGGCGCAAAACUACUCUCCCAAAUACUUCACGGUGCAGUUCCCGGAUAAUCACCCCUAUGUUGCGCACGUGGAAAUCAACCGAGCGGACAAGUUGAACUCCUUCUUCGAAGCCAUGUGGGUUGAAAUGGGCCAGCUCUUCAACCACCUCUCGGAAGACCCCAAUGUACGCGCGGUCGUUUUCAGCGGAGCCGGAGACAAAGCCUUCUCAGCCGGUCUCGACGUGAAAGCCGCAUCAGAGGGCAGCGCCCUCGGCAAUGACGGUAUAACCGGGACAGACCCAGCCCGCAAAGCUGCCCACUUCCGCCGCCAUGUCGCCGAAUUCCAAAACUGCAUCAGCGCCAUCGAGAAAUGCGAGAAGCCAGUGAUUGCCGCCAUGCACGGAUACAGCUUUGGAUUGGGAAUUGACAUGUCGACAUCAGCGGAUGUGCGUCUCUGUUCACGCGAUGUUAAGUUUUCAGUGAAGGAAGUUGAUAUCGGUAUUGCAGCUGAUAUUGGUACGCUCACACGCCUUCCUAAGGUUGUUGGGAACUUUGGAUGGGUGAAAGAAGUUGCGCUGUCAGCUCGGGUCUUUGGAGCGGAGGAAGCGCUGCGCGUUGGGUUUGUUAAUGCUGUUUAUGAGAAUAAGCAGGAGACUGUCGCUGCGGCAUUGAAAAUGGCUGCACUUAUCGCGACUAAAAGUCCCAUCGCUGUACAGGGGACUAAGGAGAUCUUGAAUUGGUCAAGAGAUCACCCGGUGCAGGAUGGGCUGCGGUAUACCGGAGUGUGGAAUGCUGCAGCCAUCCAGACCGAGGAUGUUUCCAAGGCGCUUUUGUCUGGGAUUCAGAAGCGUAAGCCGACAUUUGAGAAGUUAUAA